CCAAGUUGCAACCCGGAUGUCGGCGCUCCACAAGUUUCGCGCAGUGAUGAGCGUCCUUCCGAGCCUAAUGAACGAUUUGGCGGCGCGGUGGGUGGUUCCUAGUCUCGGACAGAAGAACAUGAUUAAAAAGAGCAGUGGUCUGAUCAUGAAGCGGGGAGGUGGUGCAGCUUCAGCUAGUGCUAGUGUGGGCAUCAACAUUCCUAAAAGCAGCACUGCUGGCACUGUGCGUCGACCACACUUGGAGGCCACACAGGAGGAGGAAAGCGAAGAGGAAGAUGAUGCAGCAGGUGCUGUUCAUGCAGAUAACGCAAAAGACGCAUUUAGCACUGAUGUUGGCCUUGACCCUGGUACUAGUGCUGGUGACACCGGGUCGCUCAUAGGCACGGAAGCGGCUGCGAUGUCGACUGCAGCAGAGGAUCGUGGUGAGGAGGGCCAAAAACUAUUUCCGGGUCGUGCCACGAAUCAGCGGUCGCCAGCUGCUGGAGUCCACCGACGCACUUCUAGAGCGGUUGGGCCGGGAGAGGCGAUUGAGCUGGACGAUGACCCAGUUCAUUUCUUGGGGCGAGAACAAGAAAAAGCUCAUGAUCCAGACAACGAGUUAGUACCAGAGCAAGUGCAAGGGCAACAAGAACCGCACGGUGAAGUACAUCAAGAUCAGGAUGGGCUUUCCUCGACAUCCUGCUCCCUUUGCGGGCAAGAGCACCAUCAGGACUCGCACGAGCAGCCCUCCGCGCUGCAUAAAAUGCUGGACGUCGCAAUCAACCAGGUUCUGCAGAACUACGUUGUUUACCCACUUGUCCGGGGGCUCGACACGGUGGAGGAAAAAAUCAUCGAGCACAGCAGGCGGUCCAGCGCGCAGAACAGCCCGAGCCUUUCGUUUCAGCACCAAGCGCCCUCGUUUUUCAUGCGAACUACUAGUGCGGAGGAGGACCACAUCAACUCGGGGACUAAUGAUGGAAAGGAUGAAGACGGUGUUGCGCACGGAGCUCCUGAGCGAGAUCUUCAGCACAUAAUGCCUACUGCUUCUACUAGCGCAGCCGCCGGAGGACCACCAACAUCAUCAAAUGUUGUCCCAGCAAACGCGCAACAAUCGCAGAGCCUGUUGCAAUUGAAGAUCAACCGCAACAAAUCUGCUCCAGCAGGACUGAAUCAAUUGGGAAAGAGGACAUUAAACGAUGGCACUAGUGGGUGUAGUCCUGAGCAGCAGUCGAGCUGCGGUGCGAGCAACCUGAACGACCCGACGGAGACUUCUGACUCUGCCACGGUGACAUCCGAGCUGACGGCCGGCGUACCUGACCUGGCGCCGGAUGACCCUUUGCUACAGGCUUUAGGAGCUGCUUCUCGGCAGGAGCUGCAACUCGCAGGUGGAGGUGGAAAUUCGCAUCAUCAUCAGCUCGUACAACGAGGAAAUGGACAUCAGCAACCUGCUCCGGCGACACCGUCGAACUCAUCAACCCGUGGGGCUACCACGUUGAUGUCCAGUAUGAAUCUGAGCACGGUUCUUGGCCCGCGGCUCUCCGCUUUACUGACCAUGUUCGUGGAAGCCGACGCGGCGGACGGUCUGGAGCUGCAGCGCUCCCGCCAGGAAACCGAAGACCGUAUGCGCGAGAUGCUCUACGCCGGAGUGCGCCGGUGUGGGCUUUUACCCUCGGUGGAACAUCAACCAGAGAAAGACGGCAAGAAUUUGGGCCAGGUCCCGGUCGCGCGGAGACAAAGCGAGCCGGGGAAUAUGGGUAGCGCCUUGCGGAUAUCAAAUGUAAAGAUGUCUGGGUCUGGAAACUUGUGAUGCUGAGUGGCGUAGCAUGAGGAGGCCACAAGUGCUGGCUCAGCAUGACAAAUUUCUGAGCUUGUAGGUGUUGCCUAUUCUGCAUGACAAAUUGCGUCUCCCCAUGACAGAAAAAUGCGGCUCUCUGGCAACGUGCAUGACAGAUUUAAUAGUCAUGCCAGACAAGCAUGACAAACAUGCAUUCUUCCAGGAGACCCAGACACUUUUACAUUUGAUAGCGGAAGCAAGAAGGUGAACACAUGGUGAAUCAGAAACAGCUGUUACAGCAGAGCGGACGCGGGUCGUCUUCUUGUGCGGAUGUACUAGAACAAACGGCUUCAAGAUCAUCAUCUUCAAAUCAACUUGAACGAAGGGCCAGCACGGGUACCUCCGCAGCGAGCCAUUUGGCGUCUAGCGUACCAAAAUCGUCGCUGACCACGCUUCCAGGCGGAGCAGGAGCGAGCAAACCUCCACUUCUGCUGCACCGGGAGGACAAUUCCAGAGACCUGCGAACUACAAACAAGGAUAGCGCCGGCUCUGUGGGAGCAGGUGGCUCGGUUGAUGCCAGAACAUCAAGUUCUAGUGGCAAGGACGGCACGGCAGGAGCAGGGUCAUCUACUUCAGCAAUCCCGUUGUACGAGCAGCAAGGUCGUGCUGCUGCAAACAACGGUGGGAAAGGGAAUCAUGCUGGAAUAUUAGAUGAGUCUGACUCAUUCCCCUCAAACUAUGAUGCCGAUCUGCUGUUUCUCCCGGCCUCCCGAUACAAGCUAAGUUUGCCCGUGAUUCGCAAGAUGCUCCUCACGAUGCACGCCCUGCACCGACGGGCGCACCUUUGUCAUGACGACUUUUCCCCGAACUCUUUUCGGAUUGACAGCGAAGGAAAUCCGAUGCUAAUCUCGCUCGAAAGCGCCAAGAAAAUUGAGGUAUGAUAGAAAAGAUCAUAGUAGCGGCUUUUCAACAUUUUCUUUUUCGGGUCUGGAGAGUCAGUGCAGCACGACCUGUGCCUGUCCAUAGAAGUAAGUCCUGUGCAUAGAAGUAAAAACCAACAAAUUCAUCGUUUUUCUUUUUUGAUGAUAAAGACCAAACGGCAAGAAAAGAUCAUAAGAACGUGCAAAAAACCCACAGGAACUGCAACAAAUCGCGCUCCUGGAGCGUUGCUCUCACCUGCGCUACUCGCGUCUUCGCUACACGGCCCCGGAAAAGGUUUCGGAACAAGAAGCCUACACCGAGUUGGUCGACGUCUGGGCCUUCGCUAUCACCAUUCACGACUGGCUUUUAGCUGGCCCGGAGCACUACGGAAAGGGGCCAUUGUACAGCGUUUUACAAGGUUCACCGGAAGAGGUUUUGCAGCAGCUAAAACAGUAUGAACUGCAAAAGUAUCGUACUCCUACUCGUAGUAUUCGGAAUGUAAAUUAGCUCGGCAUGACAAAUGGAAUUUCUCAUGCUGAUUUACCUUGCGAAAGAAAUUUGUCUUGCAUGACUGCGAUCAUUAGUACGAGUGCGAUACUUUUGCACAGGAUAAGCAGUUGGACAGCGACAAACACGGGACCCUUUUGAGACAAAAACUUUCCCAGAUCCGCCUCCUGAUCGAGGAGCACGAGCGGUAUGCAUUGCAAAUAUGUCUGGGUCUUUCUAGAAGAGUCCGAGUUUGUCAUGCUAAAUCUGAUCGACGCAAAGAUCUGUAUUGCGUGACCAGCACAAGAAGUCCUCACUUUGAGUUACCAGGAAGCGGCAUUUCUCAUGCGGAUAAUUCAGCAUUGCGUAGCCUUCUCACAGCUUGUGAUGCCAGAGCCCGCAUUCGAGACCGUCUUGGUCAUGCAAGAUAUGCAUGACAAACCUGGCAAUCUUGUUCCAGACCCAAACACAUUUGCAGUGGAUAAGUGGGACUACUUACCGAUUUGGUCCUUCCUCGAGCCGUUGCUGGUCCCCCACGACCCGAGUAACGGAUCCACCCGCCCUACGUUCCGGAAGGCUUUAUGGCAGGGCACAACUCCCCCCUCCCCCUCAUUUGUCAUGCAAAAACCCGACUACAGUUGCUACCUUGUCGUGGCACCGUGUGCAUGACAAAUUCAGGAAGUCUAAAUAGUACUACCCUCGGCGCAUGAACUUGUCAUGCACAGGUUCCACCUAUAAAGGUGUUUGUAGUGCUGUUGAUGCCAUACAAAUGAGGGAGAGGGGGGUUUGUGCACUCUCAUAGUCUUUGGACAUUUUUGACGAAAAGUUUGGGAAAAUCGUUCUGCAAAUGAUGAAUAACGUGGAUGAAUUUCUUAUGGAUGUGUCAGGAUUGAAAUCGACAAAGUUGAAAUACUUAACUUGCAAUGCAUAAAAUGGAUGAAAGUUGUAGCCCAUUUUCCAAGUGACGCAUGACAAAUUUAGGUAGAACCGAAAUCCAGUCUGCCAUGCUGUUUGGGUAAGGAAGACGCCUUUUGUCAUGCUACUUCAGCUGCUCAGUUUCUACCCCGAAACAGGCUUACAAUCUGCCUCCCUUACCUACUCUGCAAGACAAGCACUUUGUGGGUUGCAUUUUAUGCAUGACAAACCAUUUCAACUUUGACGAUUUCAAUUCUGACCCUUCCAUAUUUCUGGAAGAAGCGGCUUCCAGCAUCUCCGGCUUCACAAACAGCAGCUCCACAAGCCGCAGAACCGCAAAAUCGGUCCGGUCGAGUGCGGCCAACAGCCGGAUUGGAAGUGGGCCGGUUGGUUGUUCCGGAGCUGCCACAGGUACUGUUCCUCACGUAGGAGCAACUACCUGGGGAGCGACAACAGGAGCAGGUCCGGCCUCUGCCAAAAGCUCUGCGGCGCCGUCGCAUAACCACUCGCCAUUACUUCCCGGCGAUGAGGCAGCGCUAGAUGACCUGUCGUGGGACCCCCUCGGUUACGGUACGGUGCAGAAUCUUGAGGAGGCGUCUGGGCAAAGAAUACGCAGUCGCAGCAGCAGCCCCCGGAAGUUGUCGCCAAGAAGGGUGGUCAGCGUGCCAGGGGGAAGCAGUGCAUUGAUGAGCAAUGGAGGCGGAGUGACGUCAAGUCGGGGCACGACGACCGGUAGCUCUUACCUUACCCUCGCGCUUCCUCAACAUCAUCGGCUGCAUCACCCCUACAUGGAUGAGAAUCACCCGCUUUCGCGGCAAGUUUCGCCCCCACUCCAGGACCUCCCUGAGGAGAGCGAGAGCAUAUUUGACGACUUGGACGAUCUCCCCGACACCUGUUGGUCUCGACAGAGUUCCGUUCUGACAUAUUCGGAUCCCCUGGCACAAUCUUCCUCCCGACAAUCUGCCGCGGACGAGGGUAGCGCUCUGGGGUCCGACGACGCGCUCGGGAUCCGGGACUUCCUGCUCAAGACAUCGACAUCUUCGUCUUCCUCCCGAGGAGGUGGCCACUCCAGGUCGGCGAGUGUGCCAGCUGCUUCUGCGACAGCUUCAGAAACAAUGGCAGGCACGGAGGAAAGACGCGAGGACCUUCCGGAAAUAUUGAAUCCGCAGGAUGGCGUGGUGGGAGAAGAUGUUGACAUGGAGGAAGACGUCGACCGAACACGGCAGGAAAUAAACGAGCACGAACUACAGGAGCACGACAAGGAAACAACUUGCUCAUCUACUGUGCAGGAUAUUAACUCUGCUCACUACUUGAUGCCAUCUGUUCAUCAUCAUCUGCCAGCACCCGCGGCAGAAGUAGGAGCACCGUUGCGCGGGCCUCUGCUUUCUGAGAUCUUUGGAAAAGAUGUCAAUCGAUCCGCUGCAGGAGCACCGCCACCACGGGUUGAUGUAGAUGUUGUUCCGGAGGGAACUUCUAGUACAAGUGCUGAUUCUUCAUCUUCUUGUCGGCAUCCUCGCUUACCGCGAGACCACCCAGAAGCUGCGGGCACGAAAGCCUGUUGCAUUUCCUGGCCCACUACUCCAGGAACUGGAGAGACGCAAAGUUAUGACGAGACGGACGAUAUGGAGCAAGAAACCCCUGUACAACGCCUCGCACAAGACAAUGGAACGCCACCAGCUGGAGGUCCGAGUGCUGGUGGACAAGAUGAUGCUACUACUAACCCUAAGAACACUGAUCAUAUUCUCGCCACCAUUUCAUCACGACCCUCCAGCAGCGAGCAAUGGGCGACGUCCAACCUAAAACUCUUUCGCGCUAUUUUCGCCGUGUUGCCAACCUGGAGACUCACAGCGCCUUCUGCAGGUGAUAGAACAAGCAUGUUGGACGGCCAUCAAGAAGAACUUCAACUUGGUACAACAACCGGGCCGACCGUUUCGACAGGACGAGUAUCAAGACCAGCAAACGGGGCGGGGUCUAGUACCUCACAACGACACGGCGCUCUUGCCACCUGUACGGGUGCUGCAAAAAGACAAGUGAUGCUAGAACUGAAAGACACCUGCAAGAAAGAUCCCGAUGUUCUUGGACCAUUCGGCUGUGGCAGCUUGUUUCCUCUGGAACAGCAGGAUGCUGCAAUUACCAGCGCGGCCGCGACCUUGUCCCGAACCAUUCUCGCCGGAUUUCAACGCAGCUUGCUCCGCGUGGUGCCAGCCUCGGUGCAAUAUUGGCUGCCGAAUUUCGCGUCGUGCGGCUGGGUGAGCGACCUGGAUAUCAAAAUGAAAAAUCCCGCCUCCCGUUAUCGAAACGAAGUUUCUGAUGCUGGAUUUGCGUACACAAAUCAGAUUUGUCUUGCAGUAGAGGACUGCAGGCCCAUAUCAUGCCAAUGCAAAGAGGUUUUGGCCUAGGCACUCCGCAUGAGGAACGUCUUUGCUGUAGGCCCAACAGCACUACAAAUCGCCUGCAUAAUGUGGCGGAGCCUGUGCCUUUCCUUUGUUGCUAGACAGACGCGAUUUGUGAUCACAAAUAAGCAUCGCAAAUUCUUUGAGGUGUGCCUUUUUGAUAUGGGGAGGGGGGAUUUUUCCUUUCGAUAAUGGAUCCGGGGAAUUUCAGCAGUCCAGAGGAGAACCUGCGCCUGGAUAUGCUCACUGAUCACGGGUUCUUUGCAAGAACAGCUUCGGAGAAUGAUGUGACACCGGAGCAAGUACGACAACCAGAAGCACGACCACAUGGGCGGGCAGAACAAGAUCUAUUUUUGCAAGAACCUGUCGAUGAGCUUCCAGUUGAGAAGAUGCAGCUACGCCCGGGACCGCACGCCACAACACAGGCUCAAACAACUAGUACAACUUUGGCAAAAACAAAAAAUCAAAGUAUGGAGGCGGUAGCUCCACAGCGGUCUAAUUUCUUGCUGUAA